CAACGUUUAUGAAUGAAUCAGCCGGAGUGUUGAAGAUGAAUGAGUGAAUCGGCCAUGAGUCAACCAGACGAUAAUUCAAUGGCAACAUUUGCUGCGGAUAACCUCGAGGUCAAGGGUUUAUCAAUCUUGCUGAAGAAUAAUUCGCGUUUCUUGCGUAAGCGAACUGGGAUGAAUUUCUCAGUUUCGUGCAGCAAUUCUGAGCACACGCAUGCCAAAAAAAGGAUCUAUUGAGCAGCCGCUACCGAGUCAUCUACGCAGAUUUCAAUCGGAGAAUCCACUGAUUGAUGGCUAUCCCUGAUUGCCUCAGCUUCUCUUCCUUGUUCAUUUACAGACUACAUUGCGACAAUUCCCGAGCAAGAAACUGUGACGAUGAAGUCCGUCAUAGGAAUUCAUCUCACAAUCCUAGUAUUAUCAGUCAGCGGGAGCCUUCCCUCCUCCCUAAACACCUCGGACCAUGAAAUAUACAUCGAAGGCAGCACAAUAAAAAAAAUAAUAAAAAUCGGCCCUUCCGACAGGCUCAGCAUGUCGCUCAGAACUAUGCGCAUAGCAAUCUCCCCUCGCGCAUUUCAAAACUCAGGAGUUAAAACUCUCCACUUGAAUUUUGAUACUCCAGCCGAUCUGGCCAGUAAAACCGCGCAAAUCGCGCUGCAACCGGAGUCUCUCCUCGGUUUGGAUCUAGACAGUCUUUCCCUCACCCGCGUCGACCUCACCUUGAGCGCGGACGCUCUGACUCCGCUCGGAUCGCUCGGCCAUCUCAGCUUGAUCUCCUGCGACGUCGUCGAAGUGCCCACGGCACUGCUGAUGUCCUUUCCUAAGCUAGGGUCGCUGAUACUGUCCCGUAAUAACAUCUCCGUCGUCCAUCAUAACGCCUUCGAGCCCCUCAAACGACUGUGGUAUCUGGACUUGGCCUCCAAUAACAUCAGCGCCUUCGAGCCGGGGUGCUUCAAUGGACUCGAAGAACUCGAAAGAUUGGAUCUGAGCAACAACUCCUUCGCGUUCAUGCCCGCCGUCUUCGAUCGACUCCCCAAACUGAUGGAGCUUCACAUCCGCGAGUGCCCGUAUCUCCGGAAAAUCGAUAUCAACGCCUUUCGAAAAACGCCGACUCUAACUUCGCUCACAAUAUCGCGCACUGGAGUCCACACUCUACAGACCGGAGUGUUCGAUAGUCUGGCGCGUUUGGGGUGGCUCCACUUGGGAGGGAACCGCAUUGGUCAUGUCCCGAAAAAUUUAUUCAACAAACUCGAGUCGCUUGACUACCUCUUCCUGGAUAACAACGAAAUUGUGGGGAUGGACUCACGCGCGUUCGCGGGGCUCAACCUCCGAUAUCUCGGGCUCUCGCAUCAGAGCCCAACGGCCGGGGAGCUCUUUCGCCCCCGGAGACUGGUGAUUGGAAACGGAACUUUCAGCGAUUUGAUUGCCGAUAUCGUCUAUAUGGUGGGCACUUCGAGUCCUGAUAUCAGACCGGGGGCUUUCGAGGGCCUGUCCGCUGGAUUAUUGGAUUUACGGUGUCUUGGGAUAGGGAGAAUUGACGCCGAAAUGUUUUCGGGAGUCAGGGCGAGGAAGCUCGAUUUGAGGAUGAAUAGCAUUUCUGAAAUUGACAGCAAUGCAUUCAAACGUGUCAUUGGCGAGGAAGUUGAUCUCUUGGGCAAUCCCAUUAAAAUUACGGACAAGGAAAAUUGGGAUAUUUCGGAAUCGUUGUUCAUCAACAUUUAAAGAAACUAUCAAAAUUAUACAUUUUUUUAUGUUUUUCAAAAUGUUAUAAUGUAAUGAAAUAUAAUA